CGCCGGCAUCUCGGCCACGUUAGACAGGAUCCUCUUUUCGAUCGUCAACGAUUCUCUUUGUUCUUCUUCUUUCUCUCCUAAAUGAUAUCGACAUAUUAUUGUCGCGAGUCUCGUCGUGCGUGCACACCGUGAAAGUCUGCGAACGACUUUCUGUUUUUUCUCUGACUAAGAGAAAGAUCUUCAACUCGUUGAAGCGUUAAGGAAUUCCUUGGAACAAGUUUCGACUGCUAGAAGCGAUAAAAAGGGCGUACGUUCAGCGCAGUACUUAAUCCGCAAAUGUUGUAGCGAGGUAUCAGUGUAGCGUGCGAAACGUGAACACACAAACAACAUACAAGCACUGCAAACACCAUGCACUGAAUCACAAAAGCUCGCAAACACGUAGCACACACACGCAGGAUCGAGCAAAGAACACAAGAACAGGCGAGACGUGGACCGGAGAUCGUAGUUCCUAGUCAGCUAUAGCAUCAUGUAUGUCCAACAGAGACACUUCUUUUCUGGUAAACAGAAGCUCCUUGCCACUGAUUCUGGCAUGGAGGCCAGACAAGGGAAUCAGGGCGAUGGCCGGACGAUCGCGGAGCUGAGGGAAGUGCCACAAUUUGUGGCGGGCAACUUCGUAUUGAAGGCCGAUUUCGAUGACGGCGAUGAGAUUUUUAUUCAGAGGGCAAAGAACGAGCUUCGAGAGACCCCUGAGGUCGUGCAACAGGCUUUGAAGGACAUUAGGGAGCUGCUCAAAGGUGAACCAGAACUGAUCGUGCCAGAUGACGAUGAGUUCUAUCAGAAGUUCCUACGUCCCUGCAAAUGGUACCCGAAGAGUGCUUUCGAAUUGAUGAAAAGGUUCUACCAGUAUCGAUUGAACAAUCCACGUUACUGUAAAGAUUUGAUGCCAAGUACGGAGAAAAAACCAUUCCUCGCAGAACUCGUGAUACCGUUGCCAGACCGAACACCAGAUGGUUGCAGACUGGUGGUGAUAUCCGCUGGAAAAAGAUGGAACCCAAAGCAAGUUUCUCUCGACGAUAUAUUCCGUGCUACUAUGCUAUCCUUGGACGCAGCUAUAGCCGAACCAAAGACACAGAUAUCUGGCGUGCACGUAAUUCUGGACAUGGAUGGAUUCUCCCUGAGCCAGGUCACAUAUUUCACACCUAGUUUCGCAGCCAGCGUGGCAGAAUGGGUACAAAGAUGUUUGCCAUGUCGUCUGAAGGGUAUUCACGUAGUGAACCAACCGUUCAUAUUCAACAUGGUUUUCGCCAUUUUCAAACCAUUCCUUAUGGAGAAAACACGAAAGAGAAUUCACUUCCACGGGACGAAUAGGAGUACUCUGAUUCCUUAUACUGGUACUAAAAUAUUGCCCAAAGAAUUCGGCGGAGAUUUCGAGAUGCCAAAAGUUCCUCUUGGUCAGGGUAUUUGGGAUUAUUUCUGCUGCUUUGAGAAAGAAUUUGAAGCUUCCAAUAAAUGUGGAUAUGUCAAAUCUGCGAAACGAUAAGGGUGCGAACGAGGCUGUUAGUACUAAGAGAACAUGAAAAUAAUCGAGAAAAUUUAUAUCGUGCCAAUGAAUGGUGCAUUGAAAACGAUAAAUAAAUUAUCGUUCCUAUCAUGCUAUGUGCCAAUAAAUGUAAUCAAUUGUUUAAUUCCACGAAUGUGUUCGAUCUGUUGAAAAU